ACUUUCUGGCUGUUAACAGCAUUUGCUGACAUUCCACUCAGAGUGAGGAAGUGCUGGAGGAUGGAGGUGUCCAGCUCCACAUCACAUCAAAAGAAAAGGAAUUUUGAAGAAACAAGGAUACCUGGCUUUAGGGUGGACCAGAGGCCUCCCUGGUAUAUAAACAUCCCACUGGCACUGCAGCAUGUGUUCAUCCUGUCUUCAGUGCUUGUGAUGGUGCACAGCCUUCUUUUCAAGGGGCUCCAGCAACAAAGGAAGGAUGUGAACCAGUAUGAAGACCAAUUUAUGGCCACAAGCCUUUUCACUUCAGGAAUUGCUACGCUAAUGCAGACCACUCUUGGGAGCAGGCUGCCACUGAUGCAAGCUCCCUCGCUUGAGUUCCUCAUUCCUGCGCUUGUCUUGCUUACAAGCAAUGAACCAAGACAUGACUAUAAUGGAACAAAUGAAACUUGGACUGGAGAUGAGUAUGAUGAGAAGAUCCACUGCAUGGACUGGAGUAGAGAGCUCCAGGGUGCUGUUUUUGUAUCUGGCAUUGUCAGACUUCUUCUGGGGCUAUCAGGCUUCUACGGUGUUAUAUCACGCUACUUCAGCCCGAUGGUAGUUGCACCAACACUUUCCAUCAUUGGACUGUCCAUUUACAAAGAAGCAGCGCUCUUCUGCUCAGCCAGCUGGGGCAUUACUGCGGUUGUGGUCCUGUUGAUUGUCCUGCUGUCCCAGCACAUGCAUAACCUCUUUAUCCCAUCAUGCCGGAAUGCCACUUCUCAAUGUAUUACCCAAUACCCAGUCUUCAGGAUGUUUUCAGUCCUGCUGCCACUGGUGUGUGUUUGUAUUGUUAGUGGGCUUCUAGGGGUGACUCGUAUCAUCUCUCUUGAGAACAUAGUGGAUGCUUCACUACUUCAGCACAGAAACAGCUCAUUCCACCCACCUUGGCUUUGGGUUCCCUAUCCAGGUCACAAUGGACUACCUUUGCUGACUGGUCGCUCGCUAUUAACUGGCAUUGCAGCUGCUUUGUCUGCUGGCAUCAGUUCACAAAGCUGCUAUUUGAUGACUGCCAGACUGGCCAAAACUCUGCCUCCCCCUCCGUCCACCUAUAACCGAGGACUGUGUAUAGAGGGUCUGGGAAGUACUAUUGCAGGCAUGCUGGGUAGCAUAUCUGGAACAGCAACUAGUGUUGCUAACAGCUGCAGUCAUGGGUUAACUCAGUGUUGCUCCAGAGAUGUUGUGCAGGUGUCGGCCAUCAUGUGUUUGCUGCUUGGCAUCUCUCCUAGACUGACCCACCUGCUGACUUACAUUCCCUUCUCUGUUCAUGGAGGGAUUUUAAGCAUCACUCAUGCUGUUGCUGUGGCAACUGGAAUCACCUAUUUUCAGUAUACUGACAUGGACUCUGGCCGGAACAUCUUCAACAUUGGUUUUUCUCUGUUCAUGGCUCUGCUGGCUCCUCGAUGGUUCUCCAGUCACAAAAACUUUAUUUCUACAGGAGCAACAAGUGCGGACAUAUUCUUCCUGUCUCUGCUGACCAUGCCGGUGUUCUUGGGCGGAGUUGUGUCCUUCUUCUUAGACAACACGGUUUCAGGAUCCCCACAGGAACGGGGCCUUCACAGCUUGCUUUUGGAAUACAGAGCGAGAGAGUGCACCGAGCAGGAGUCCGCAGUGUAUGACUUGCCACCUGUUGUCAGUAAGCUGCUGUUAAAUCGGCGACUUCGCGUCUUUCCCUUCUGUGCCUUCAGCACAAUGUCAGCAGCUCAGGUGGAUCAAGAAGUCGCAAUCUCACCAGAAGAGAGGACAGAUUUAUUAUUAAAUGUACACAGUGAGAACAUGGAUACAUCUCGUUGUGAUGCAGCUCCCAGUACUUCUGACUGUUAGAAACCCUAUGGAUCUCAUACUGGGUGUUUUUAUGUAUAUCGCUGCUGGCCCAAUUUCCCUCCAUGUCUUCCAGGACAAACAGCUGUGCCCUGUUCUGCUUCUGUGGGCUUCUCCAUUUGGGCUUAUUCAGACAGUACAGAAAUGUCACUGGACAAGCACAAGUAGCUCAAGUAUCACAGACCUGCUGCAUGCAUAUGGGGAAAUUCUUGUUUAUUAUAACCAACGGUAUUUAUUUUUCAAAUA